GACGGGACAAACUAAUAAGUAUGUUAUUUGACUAUUUACGGAUAUAGCUGCUUUUUAAACCUGUAGGCUACUCACGGCUCCUUACAAUGCUAUUCACAAAUCGCAAGUGAACUUUAGGGAUCCAUUCGAUAAGUUAGGCUUUUUUUUAAGUUAGAAAAAUAUAUAAUAAAUCCUGCUGAAGUUGUUUCUCUGUCCUUAAAUAUGUUACUUACCAGAGACAAAUUAAAAUACUCUGUAGUAGCUGGUGAGCAACUUUACUAAACUAACAUUCGUCGGUGUUCAACUUUUUUGGGGGGGGGAUCUCUCCCUCUUAUUUUUUAACAUGCAAGAACGAUUUCUACUGAGGAUGUAGCCUACAUGGUGAUAAUAUAUUUUGGUGAAUUAAUUUGUGAACAAUUCAAUGACUUUAAACGGAAUUAAUCAGUCAAGUUGAUCCCAACGCGUUAUCUUGCGUACCUGUCAACGAAUUUUAUCAACCCCACUCCCACGGGUCCCCUCUUGUACUGUCUCCCCGUGGACCGUCUGACGCUUCGCCUGGUAACGGUGAUGGGGUGCCCGUGGAGUCCGGGAGCUGUCACGGUUUGGAGAACAACCGUUUUCCUGCUCAACAUUGUGUGCACUGUGUUGGCCAAAAGACACGUCGUAUACUGGAACUCCACUAACUCAAGGUUGAUAGAAGGUGAUCUGUCUGUUCAGGUGGAUCUGAAUGACUACUUGGACAUCUACUGCCCCCACUACCCUUCCCUGUCACCCAGUGAGGAUGCUUCCCUCCAGCCACAGCCGGAGAACCUGGCCCUGUACCUGGUGGCCGAAGAGGGGUUCAGAGGCUGCGUCAAGACCGACGUUUCCAUCAAGAGGUGGGAGUGCAACGUCCCCCACGCCCCCUUCGGCCCUGUCCGCUUCUCGGAGAAGAUCCAGCGCUUCACUCCCUUCUCUCUGGGCUUCGAAUUCGUGCCUGGGCACCACUACUACUACAGCUCAUUGCCUACAGGAGAAACCCGCUCUCUACCCUGCAUGAAGCUGCGAGUAACAGUUUGUUGUGAGCCAGCACCUGAAGAGUCCAAGAAGCAAGAACAAGAAAUCCCAGCUCCUCACAGUGGUGUGAGUUCAGUGUGGGCAACUUCCAUUUCUCUCCAUCUUCUCAUCCCUCUCAUCCACUUUCUCUAUAUGUGACCAUCCCUCGAUGCAAGCUGACCUCAUCAGUGUCUUCCGGACAGUAGAAGUGGCCUGUCUCAUCUGCUCAACCCCUUUAUACACUGUCCACACUUGUUUUCAUUUCAGGCCCUACCUGACCUACAAUAGGGUCUACCUUAAGACAAGACACAUGCCCUUUAAAUGCCUUUAAAACCAACAAAUUACAUUUAUAUUCAAUAAUUUCUCCUUUGUAAAUAACUCUGUAUGUAAGUGAGGACACUGAUGGGUAUAGAAAGCAGCACCUCACACGGUGUGGCUGUCUGUUGACACGGAGCAGCACCUCACACGGUGUGGCUGUCUGUUGACACGGAGCAGCACCUCACACGGCGUGGCUGUCUGUUGCCACGGAGCAGCACCUCACACGGCGUGGCUGUCUGUUGCCACGGAGCAGCACCUCACACGGCGUGGCUGUCUGUUGCCACGGAGCAGCACCUCACACGGCGUGGCUGUCUGUUGACACGGAGCAGCACCUCACACGGCGUGGCUGUCUGUUGCCACGGAGCAGCACCUCACACGGUAUGGCUGUCUGUUGCCAUGGAGCAGCACCUCACACGGUGCCUUGACUUAAGUAGACCUGCAGUCUAAAGGCCACUUACUGUCAGCCUGAGAACACGACCAAGCCCCCACUGAUAACCGAAGCAGUUCAUGCGUCACAUGUGGGUCUGAUAUUUAAGGACGUUGUUAGUAAAGGUCGGCCCCAUGAAGCGUUUUUCCUUAACCUACGUUCUACCAGGGCGCUCACAAACUCCCAACACAUCACCUCUGUCAUUUUUGGACUGGCACUAAUCUAUUGCUUCUUGGUUUCUCAAUUUUUUUUUGUCCACUCACUCUUGUUCUACUUUUUCCAUCUCUCACUCCUGACUAAAACGCCCUCUGAAACAGACCGACACUAAUCUGCCAUCAAAGCUCUCAUUCUUCAUUUCACACUUUUAUCCUGUCCAUCACGCCAUCCUGUAGACUAUGUCUGUGUCCAGUCUUUCUUUCCCUCCCACUCACUUUCUCUUUUUCUCUCUCUGUCUUUCUCCCUUUCUGCCUUUCCUUCUCCCUCCCCCUCUGAACAUAAUGAGCCAGCCGAGCCAAAGUGGACCAAACAGAUAUGGUUCUGUUAAGUUACUACUGAGAUGACCAGACUUUGUGUUUGUUGACUGGCUGUAAGCUGAGUGUGUUUAAACAGGACUAUUUUGUUAAUGUCAUUCUAUUGGAAUUUCAUUGUUUUUUAAGACAACAUUUUACUCUUGAUUUACUCUUGAAAGUGUCACCGAUCUUUUAUAAAACAUAUGAACAUUCAAAGUUGACUAAAAGUUGAGAAAAAAUGAGCCAGCAACGAAACUGCCUAAACCAGUAUGCUGUUUGAUUGAAACUGGAAAUUACGAAAUGGAAUAAUGUGACUCGUCUGCUAUGCCCUCUACUGGUUGGAAUCAUACUGGUUAAACUGGUCCAACUGGGCUGGAACACCUGAUACUGGGAUUGGAGAACAGACCCAUAUCUGGGAUUAACUGGACCUGUGGUCCUAAUAUGACCACAUCUGGGUAUAACUGGACCUGUUGCUAGUGGUUUACCUCUGGGAUUGGGACUGAAAUGGGAGAGGGUGGGGGAGAGGAGGUUGGCACAUAGACAAAUCCCACUCCUUCCUGCUGCACCCCUGUGCCCCAUUCUUCACUCGUUAAAAGGCGAACAAAAGGAAUUGUGGGACACACACUGAGGGUCACGCCUUACCUCACUCCACCGAUCACAGCCCAAACCACAGCGGAUGACCGGGUGUGCAGGUAUUUAGACUGUCUGCUGAGCAUUUAACCUGACAUGGCACUCCACCAAUUAUGUGAGGGCCAAAAAUGUGCUUUGAUUGAAAAGAGGUUGUUGUUUUAGUUGGUAAAGAUUUUUUUUAGGCUUUAGGUUUAUCAGUUGAAUAUUUUAGUUUUGUAGAGGUUCAGACAUGUUGGCAUCCAUUUUGAUAUAAAACCUUCAAGGGAAAAAAUGACAUGGUUGAACUUGUAAUUGUAUCAUUUUUAUGCAAAUUUUUAUACACAUUUUUAUAUAAUUUUUUUGUUUAGAUGAGCUGGGUUUUUACUAUUGCCUCUAUCAAGCAAUAAUCAGAGACCUUUUGUGAAGGUUAUGUAUUUUAAUAAGGUUAUUAAAAAAAUUGUAUUUUUGGAUCAUAAAAAAAUAUUAUGAAUGAAUUCAAUUUAGUUUUCCUUUUAAUUAAUUAAUAAUACAUUUUAAUUUGACAUACAUAUUAAUUAAUUCAAUGCAAAUUAAUUUUCCAAUUGCAAAAGUCAAAUCAGGGGAACACUGAACCACUUAUCGUAGAAGUGUGUGUUACAAGUAUUACAACCGCACAAAUGUAAAUGUCUUGUUAUGAAACAAGAAGCUAGCCUGAAAUUGUUGCUAAUUUUAACAACCAUUUUAAAAAUAAAUAAUUAGGAUUUUUUUUUGCUCAGUGAUAAUUUUCACACAUUAAUGUUUUUUAAAAUAGUAUUUUCUGGGGUUCUUUCCAAAAUUGUGAUGUUGUUUUUGGUCAUGAAAUCUUGUUUUAGAUGUUGUUGAUUAGCUAUGCCUGAAAGCACUUACUCAUGAAGAAGAGCCUUUUGUAUUAUUUUACGCAGACAUUUGGACGUCAAUAUGCUUUAAAUGAAAUCAUGUUUCUGCUCUGUGCGGGUUAUUCAGGACUAAUUAGGGGUGGGAACACUGAUGUAUGGAAACGACUUUGUUCUUUUUACAUUUAGUGCUCCAGAUUUUAUUACAAUCAGUUUAUAGGGAAAGAUAAUUUGGUUUGUGUUAUGUUUUGUGUUUUACUUUUCAUUUUCACAUUUUAGUGAAAACCUAGCAUCUUCUAUGAAGAGCGAACUGCAAUCUGAGCCCUUUUUGUUUACAAGGCGAGACAACAUAAUAAAUGAUUGCAAUAAGC